AUGGUUUCGCAAUACUCUACAACACUGGUUCUUUUGAUUUGCAUCAUCUUGAGUAUCAACGUCACGGCAUAUACUCCUUUGUCCGAUGAGACACUUCACGGUCUUCCAUCUGGAGAAGCAGAUUUUGAUAUAAAAAAUGGAGCCAUUCUUUCACCAAUUUUGAUACCGCGUGUUCCAGGUACUCCAGGAAUCCAAGCCGUUCAAAGGCAUUUUGUUGAUUUCUUUACAACGCGUCUUCCGGAAUGGACAAUUGAGUUUCAGAACUCGACCUCGAAGACUCCUGUCACUGGCGAAAAACAAGUACCCUUUGUUAAUAUCAUUAUAACGCGCGAUCCUCCUUGGGCAAAGUCGGGAAAUGUUGGAAGAUUAGCUCUGGUGGCCCAUUACGAUAGUAAACUUACACCUACUGGAUUCAUUGGCGCAAUUGACAGCGCAGCUCCAUGUGCGAUGAUUAUGCAUGCAGCCAGAAGUGUGGAUGAAGCAUUGACGAAUAAAUGGGCUGCGAUGAAAACGGCUGGUGAUAUUGGUUUGGAGGAAGAAAAGGGUGUCCAAAUAUUGUUUCUUGAUGGUGAAGAGGCAUUCUUAAGCUGGACUGAUGAUGACUCUCUUUACGGUGCAAGGGCAUUGGCAGAAACAUGGGAAACGACACCUCACGCAGCUUUGUCGAAUUACAAAAAUCCAUUAGAUUCGAUUACUUUAUUCCUUCUUCUUGAUCUUCUCGGGCACGAGAAUCCAAAUAUCCCUUCAUACUUCGAAACUACACAUUGGGCCUACAAAAGUCUUGCGACCAUUGAAAAUCGUUUACGAUGGCUUGGAAUAGCUCAAUCAGAAGCUCAGCACCAUUUCCUUUCCGAUUCCGACCGGACAUCCUUUUCUGGUGGUGGGGGUGUACAAGAUGAUCAUAUACCUUUCAUGGCCCGGGGUGUGGAAAUUUUACAUAUGAUACCGACCCCAUUUCCGAUGGAUGUCUGGCAUCGUAUUGAAGAUGAUGGUGAGCAUUUAGAUAUGCCAACAGUAGAAGAUUGGGCUAAAAUGGUAACCGCGUUUGUCGGAGAAUGGAUGGAUUUGGAGGGCUAUUUCCCAUCGCAGCCACGGGUAGAAGGACAAAGGGAAAAGAGAGACAUCACUUCUGAUAGAAAGACCGAAUUAGGCCAAGUGGGUCAUUCUCUCGUUUCUGUUGCCAGAUGCACUCUCCCUAGAGCGAAAACUCUUUCCGUUUACCUUGCGAAGAAUAUCAAAAUCAUUUUCAGAACGCAGGGCAUGAAAACAAGACAUCGUGAUCGAAGUGAGGAAAGAGACAUGGGCGGCGAGUCCUGGUAUGAGCUGGCUACUUCAAAUUCCUGGACUGAUAGCAAAGAUACACAACCUAAAGAGCUUGAAUUACCAGAAACAGCUGGGUCUAAUUCCGGAAUCAUGGCUGGAGUGGUCUCAAAGGUACUUGUCUGUCACCUGUGUACCCCAAUCGACAUUUCCAUUCAGAACGAGCCACAGAUUCAAGUCAUUCUCCAAUUCCUUAGUUUUGUAAAGACAGCACCUGGCUUUAUGGUUGGAUACUGGGGAUACGCCCGCGAAGAGCCCUCUACAUUGGUGAUUCUUUUGCAGUUCGACAUGUUGGAAGAGGACGUUGGUGGGUGGUUUGAAAAGCUGAGUUGGCCUCACAGGACUAGUGCGGAAGAUUUAGGACCAAGGGAUGAGGAGUUUAUACAAGCUGCCAACAAUUUUAAGUCUCUUUUCAGCACAUUUGAGUCAGGCAUCUCCUUUGAAAACCCAUCCUUACCAUCACCAAGAUCAAAUGAUCCCUUUAACGAGGCACAGCUUCAUAGCCAAUUAAUUCCCGCCGAAAUGGUGUAUUUUUACUAUGCCGCGGAUUUUGAUCUAGAUUCCAUCAAGUCCCGCGAUGUCAGACUAUUUCCUGGAUUGAAGGAGGGGAUGUUGGGAUUCGAGUUGAAGGGCGAUCCAGAGACUCUUCCUCUAGUCCCAAUCUAUAAGCCGAGGUAUUGGGCGGAAGUAUUGAUGCAAUUAUCAGAUAAUUCUGGACAAGGGGUCAGAUUACUCGUAUUGCUCGGAGGAUGGGAAAACAUUGCAAAUAUGCCAAAACAUUUGGAGCUGUCGGAGGGAUACUUCGGUGUCAAGAGUUUGAAGUGCCCCGCCGCCGAAGCAUCCACAUUGGCGCACAGGAAAGUAGCCGAGCCAGAAGUCGGAGCCACAGACCAAGACGAGAAGUGCACAUCACAAGUUCCACCCGCGGGACAAUCCAAAUUGCCACACUGGGAGCAUUCUUCAAGCUCGUGGUUCCCUUGA